GGAUCAUCCAACGAUACACAGACUGAGAACUUUCUCACCUUCCUUUUAUACAUUUAGCUUUACUUGGAUUUCGUCUUGGAGAAAAGUAACUGAACUAAGAGGAAAAGAGUUUCCUGAUGAAGUGAUUCAGACGAGAUCAGACCAACUACAGGUUUGAAAACAGCUUCAGGUUUAACUAGACCAAACCUCAGACACCAUCACACCUGAUUCACCUUCACUGUGUGGAGCUCUGCACCAGGAAUCACCAUGGCAACGAUCAGUAACAUCUCAUCAAAAUACAAGGACAUCAUCUCCAAAAGUUCUCAGAUCAGUUCAGGAUCUCCUGCUCGAUACCAGCUGAGACCAAAGACAGAGAGGAUCGGUACUCUGACCAGAAGGACUGUUGGUGAAAGAAAUCUGAACAAGGUAAAUAAAACCAUCUUACUUGUUGGUGAAAGAGGAACAGGGAAAUCUACUCUGAUCAACACUCUGGUCAACUACGCCAUGGGAGUAGAGUUUGAUGACGACAUCUGGUCUGAGAUCGUAGAGGAGGAGGAGAGAAGUCAGACAGAAAGUCAGACAUCUGAUGUGAUCGUGUACGAGAUCUUUGACUUUAAAGAAAACACUCUGCCCUACUCUCUGACCAUCAUUGAUACUCCUGGAUAUGGAGACACCAGAGGGACUGAACAUGAUGUCAUCGUCAGUCACAGAUUAUUUGACUUGUUCAGCUCAGAAGAAGGAGUUCAUGAAGUUAGUGCAGUGGGUCUGGUGCUGAAGGCGACAGAGAAUCGAGUGAGUGAUCGACUGAUGUACAUCUUCAGUUCAGUGAUGUCUCUGUUUGGAAAAGACUUGGAGAAGAACAUCGUCGCUCUCGUCACUCACUCAGAUGGAAGAAAACCAAAAAAUGUUCUUCAAGCUCUUGAAGCUGCAAAAAUCAAAUGUGCCAGAGAUGAGAAGAAUCAACCUGUUCACUUCCUGUUUGAUAACUGCCAGAAAGAAGACCGAACAGACGACAGAGAAGGAGAGAAAGAACCUACUGAUGGUGGGAUGGGGGGGUUCUUGUGGUUGUUAUAUACAGGAGCUGUGACCUGUAAAGUCUGUAAAGAGAACUGUCACUAUCCAGGAUGCACAAUGGCCUGGAAACCUGGACACUGUAAGGUGAUGAAAGGAGGCCGCUGCACUGUUUGUACUAAUAAAUGUCCUGCAUCAGAUCAUGAGAAAGAAAAGUCGAUCUAUGUCAACAAGAUAAAAAAAGUUGAGAAGACUCUACAAGGCAUGAAAGACAAGUACGAAGAGAAUAAAGCAGAAAGUGAGAAGAAGUUGAGCCUCCUGGAAAAUCUAGAAAAGGAAAUGAAAGAGUUGACAGUGAAGAAAAAUCAAUACCUUGAAGAGUCCUACCAACAUGUCGUCAGGCUGGAGCAGAUCUCCCUGAAUAUAAGGAACAACGUGACAAAAGGCUGA